AAUUUACAUGUUCACAUGAGAAUUCACACAGGUGAGAAGCCCUUCUCAUGUGGGACCUGUGGAAAGAGUUACAGUGAAAGAAGGACUUUAACUCGGCACAUGAGAAUUCACACAGGUGAGAAGCCUUUCUCUUGUGGGACCUGUGGAAAGAGUUACAGUGAAAGAAGGACUUUAUCUCGGCACAUGAGAAUUCACACAGGUGAGAAGCCUUUCUCUUGUGGGACCUGUGGAAAGAGUUACAGUGAAAGAACUACUUUAUCUCGGCACAUGAGAAUUCACACAGGUGAGAAGCCUUUCUCAUGUGGGAUCUGUGGAAGAAGUUUCUCCCGAAAACCCAAUUUAAAUGCUCAUAUGAAAGUUCACACAGGUGAGAAGCCCUUCUCAUGUGGGACCUGUGGAAAGAGUUACUGUGAACGUGGGACUUUAACUAAUCACAUGAGAAUUCACACAGGUGAGAAGCCUUUCUCUUGUGGGACUUGUGGAAGAAGUUUCUCCCGAAAACAUAAUUUAAAUGCUCAUAUGAAAGUUCACACAGGUGAGAAGCCCUUCUCAUGUGGGACCUGUGGAAAGAGUUACAGUGAAAGAGGGACUUUAACUAAUCACAUGAGAAUUCACACAGGUGAGAAGCCUUUCUCUUGUGGGAUGUGUGGAAAAAGUUUCUCUCGGAAAGGCCAUGUAAAUGCUCAUAUGAAACUUCACACAGGCGAGAAGCCCUUCUCAUGUGAGACCUGUGGAAAGAGUUACAGUGAACGAGGGACUUUAACUAAUCACAUGAGAAUUCACACAAGUGAGAAGCCUUUCUCUUGUGGUGUCUGUGGAAAAAGUUUCUCUUGGAAAGGCAAUGUAAAUGCUCAUAUGAAACUUCACACAGGCGAGAAGCCCUUCUCAUGUGAGACCUGUGGAAAGAGUUACAGUGAACGAGGGACUUUAACUAAUCACAUGAGAAUUCACACAGGUGAGAAGCCUUUCUCUUGUGGGAGCUGUGGAAAAUGUUACAGUAACACAAGUAAUUUAUCUCGUCACAUGAAGACUCACUCUGAUGAGAAUCCAUAGGUCCAAAACAGAACCGAUCCAAUUUGGCAUCUAAUCUUAUGGAAAAUCUGGUCAGAUGAUGUAAACAGCAAGUUGAACAUAUUAAAGUCAACAGAUUCUUGCAGGCUGCUAGUGAUUCACUGUGAUUGUGUCUUUCACUGUCUGACCAA